AUGAACAAUAUUGUGAGUAAACCACAUCCGUUUCUUGAGUCUCCAGGCACGCCCACCGUCCCGUGGAAAACGUGGAAAAUAAUAUUUGAAAAUUACUUGUUGGCCGCCGAUUUGCAGGCAGGGUCAGCUGAACGAGGCAAGGCAAUUUUGAUAGCGUCGUUUUGUACUGAAGCCCAACGGAUUUAUUACACUCUUUUGAACAGUAAGGCCACGUCCGUUGCUGGUGCACAACAGGCAGAAGCAGAUGGUGAUAAAGACGAAUAUAAAGAAACUAUGCAAUUACUUGCUGAUUAUUUUGAACCCAAACUAAACGUUGUAGCGGAGAGGUACAAGUUUAGAUGUCGAUCCCAUGAACCAGGUGAGACAGUUAAGGCGUUUGUUUUGGCUCUUAAACAUUUAGCAAGUACGUGCCAGUUUGCUAAUUUGCAUGAUGACAUGAUCCGUGAUCAAAUCGUAGAAAAAACAAACUCUACGAGAGUCAGGGAAAGAUUAUUAAUGGAGAAGGAGCUAACCUUGACGAAAGCUAUUCAGAUUGAGCCAGGUGUGCCGUCAGUGUUCCAGGGUGGGCCACUUUCAGCGUAUGUGCCAUGA